GGCCUAUCAUUAUCAUCGGCCCGGCCGGUUCUGAACUCACUCUGUGACUGUUCAGUGUUGUGUCGUGACUCAGCCUCAGGAGUGGGUGUCCUGGUUGUGUUUGGGUUUUUUUUUGGGUUGCUUUCUUUAGCCCUUAGCCAAAGCAAAUCUUGGCCGUAUGUUGAACUGUAACGUAGCAGUGUGUGUUCAGACUGCUUAGUGUGUAGAUAGCCCUACUUAAUCUAGAUCUAGACUAGAGUCUAGCCUAGAAUCCUGAGAAUCAGCUGCUCAUCAUCGCUCCAGGCUCCAGCCAAGGACCAAGAUCUUUUUUAAAAUGCCUGCUGUUUUGGUUAAUUUAAAACUGUUUUAACCCCCACCUUGUUAGUUCGAAGGAAGAGGCAACUAUAGAUAUUCCCAAAGUGCGGGAGGGAUAAGAAAGAACUUGCAAUAAUGGCGAACCCAUUUGAAGCCUCCGUUGGUGGGAAGUUUGCCUUCUUGUCUUUUCUGGUGAUGACCGUUUCCUCAAUUUCUGGCCCUGGUGUGCUGGCGUCCUACUGUGGGUCAGAGUGGAAUGAUACUGUGGUAUUGUCUAGUGACGAGGAACGUUAUAUCCUCAGACGUCCAGAUAUAACUCUCCCAAUAGGCGUAAGCGUCAGUCCAGGUUCCUCGUACUGUCGAGUCACAAUUGAGGAUGAUGGGAAAAGCGUCACAGAGGUUGAGGUGGAGUUCUUUCACCUCGGUGGCUCCGAGAGAUGUACCGUGGAGAGUGAAAGGAUUGAGUUUUCCAUUGAAGGCAGAGAAGAUGUGUUCGUUUGGUGUGGUCAGACGUAUGCCAAGACCCUGCAGUACUCCGGAAAAAUGAGUCUGACUUAUCAUUUUAAUCAAAAGACUGGAUCUCCGGGUUUUCAGAUGAUCUUCAGAACAAAGCCGGCCGAGGGUUAUGCAUGCCCCCAGCAGCCCCCGACCCUACAGGCUGGUGUGGUGCCCAUGCUUCUGUACACCACAGGCUUUUUCCCUCUGAGGACACAGCCUCUCAGCUGUGAGUGGAACCUGGAGUCAGACCAGCGUGAGAUGAUCGUGUUUCACAUCAGAGACAUCUUUGGGGAUUCUCCCUGCUACGAUUUGAGUGCCACCCUUGGGGGCCCUGAAAUUGCUGUGUGCUAUCAGAGUGACUUUUUCGCCAGCAAUAAGACCACUUUGAAAAUUUCCGUGAAGGAACAGAGAUGGGGUGUGGAAAACUAUGGACUGGCCUUGGAAUACGUGGAAGGGUCUAAAGAGGUGAUCAUCUGUCAAGACGGCACCAGUGUCCAAGAGUACAAUGUUCCCUCUCACGACGUUCUGCACUACUUCAUAUGGAAUGUCACACAGGGAGAUUCCUGCACGUUUGACCUGGUGGCAGACCCAAGCAAUCCGCAGAUUGACCUCACCUUCGCCAUUCCGCCCAACCAGAUGUCAGCCUCUGGCGGGCUGGAGGCCCUGCUCCGAGAUUUUAGCGUGGAGGUUGAGGACGGUCCAAUGACUGCGGUCAACGAGUUCCGCGGUCGACAGGCAUUGCGGAACCUACAGUCUGCGGAUAGGAGGGUGUCCCUGACCUACACCAAGACGGGGUCCAAAAACAUCAUCGAUAUGUUUAGGACCCGCGCUUACGAGCCAGGUAAUUUUCCCCGGUACCUGAUGGCAAGCACGACAAAAUCUUACAUUUGGUUCUCCGAGGACAGAUUUUGGGGUCGGAAGUCCACGCCUCUUCGCAUUACCAAUAUGGAGCUGUGUGUGCGGAUAGAGGUUUUCAACAGAGCGGGAACAGAGAAGCUGAUUCCCUAUGAGAAAGUUGCCGUGUACGAUGGUCCAGAUGACAGAUAUUUUGAACUGACCAAAGACUGUCUCGGAAAUCCUCGAAUGGAGGAAGCUCUGAACUUUAGGCGUAAAAGAAUAGCAGUUGUGCCUCGAGGGGACUAUGACGGUGGGUUUUGGCUGGUGUAUACAAGUUUUGAGUCUCGCGCAUUUUGCGAUGGCCACCCAGAAAUGAUGCUGUCCGUUCCUGGAGAUUAUCGGCUGCCCGAUGACGUUGUAAACAGAAAUGCCAGGUGCUCAUUUUCUAUUGGAAAAGACAACACCAAUGGACGACUGCUUCGUUUUACUGGGAGUUCCAAUAUUGACAGAGAAGAAGGGGAAAUUACGUUAAUGGAAGUUGUCCCAGGGCGCGGUGGGACCAGAUCAAAGAAGACCAGGAAUGUGGUGCUGCUCAAGAGUCUGCCGGGCAACGCGUCUGAUCCGUCUGUCUAUUCCAAGCGUCCAAUGGCUCUGUUCAUGAAGCUUCCCUCCCUUGCGAGAACGAAGGAUCGCUUUCUCCAGUUUCGCGUGGAGUACGAUGAUGAUGGAGAUAAAACGUGCAGUAGCUCAUCUCGAGUGGCCACUCGGCAAAAGCAACAUCUCGCAUCUCCCAACUUCCCCGACUACUAUCUCACGGACCUGAUGUGUACGUGGAAUAUCGUCAAGUCGGAUGAGGCGUCGGAGGAGGAGCACAUCGUGAUUGAAGUGAUGGAGUACCCGGUGUUCCCCUGCCAACGCUAUUCCAGGAAUGAGGACUCUCUCAAGAUUGGACCGAAAAAGAGUUCUGACUACGACAACUGCAAUCAGGUCAUCACAUUGACUGGGGGAAACACUCCGUACACCAUUGAGGGAAGGUUCCUCCCCCAACAUUACACCGGGCCCAGGUCGUGCUGGUGGAAGAUCAAGUCUGCUGUCCACCACCAGGUGGUCACCAUGAUCGACGCGGAGGUCAACUUUCCCCCGGCCACUCCGGACACCUAUUUUUGUUUCCGGAACAACAUGCUGGACAUUUCCUCAGGGGAGGGACUGCCCAGCCUGGCCGAGUACUGCGGGCUGCCAGGGGGGGACAAGAACGUGACCUCCGCCACCAGCCAGUUCGUGGACGUGUUUGUCGAGCUCUCUCUGCCUGACCAGCUGCGCGAACCCCUGACUUUCAAGCUGGUCUUCAGCACGACGCCCACUGACAAGAAGUACCUGUUUCCCGAGGACGACCCUGUAGACACCAUGCUCAUCAUCAAAGCUGUGGGGAUCUCGCUGGGCAUUCUCUUCAUCAUCGGAGGGGGUAUCUACUACUGCUGCUGCAAGCGCAAGAAGUCGGGGAGCGAGAAUGUUGUUGAUGAUGGGGUCAACUCACCUGAAAGUGCUAUGCCUUUGACCGACUCGGGUAAGAACGCCAGUGCCUGAUGAGGAGAGGAUUCAUGUCGGGAGUUUGGGGACUUAUGUUUGCACGGAAAACCACUUUGAUGUGACCCUGGUGUGACCUCAUUUCCACACAAUUUGACCCCAGCGUCACCUCAAGAUCGGAGGCUGCUUUGAGAGCCAGGAAUUAAUUAUUAUAGUUUGAUAAAUAGCCUUACUGACAUAAUACAUUAACUAACCAGGUGCCCGCGAUUUUUUAAAAAUAUUUUUUUUUGUGCAACUAAAACAUGUUUGUACACUGAUAUUUUUAACAAAAUGUCCUAUGGGGUUUUUAAUAAUUUUUCACUUAUGCACUGAAUUUCUUUUUACCGUAAAAAAAAAAUUUAGAAAAAAAAAAAA